AUGGCUGGCUGCGGGCUGCCUGUGCCCAUUCUCCUAUGGGGUCGUACGUCUUGUGGACUAGAGGCCGGCCCAUCCCUCGUGCGCUACGGGCCCCAUCGGGGGCCUGCCGUGUCCCCUCACAAGCCCCACCGCACGCCCCCCUGGGCCCGGGGCCGGCCUUGCCCCGCUCCGUACGCGGGAAACCGGGGCUCAGAGCCGCGGCUGCUACUGGAAGGUAGCCUGUGCCGGGGAGGCGGGCUGUUCGGAAGAGGCGGGACGAGCGGCCCGACGGCCGCACUCAGGCACGGGACGGGCUUCCCACUGCCGGCCCGCGAGGGGCUUCGGAGGCCCCCAGGGGCCCUGGACGCGAUAGGGGAGGGCCUCGGGGGGCGGGCCCACAAGGGGCGCGCUGGUUGGCGGGGGCGGACCCACGCGAAGGGCGCGGCGCAGGCGUCGAAGGCGCGCGCAAGCCGCGCGUGGUUUGAGGCGAUCUCGUGCGCCGCGUCUGGGGAGGGCCGGCAUCCCCCACCCCCACCCCCACCGCCGCCCCCAAGGCCUCGCCGCUGCGCGCGCACGCGCGCCGCCACCCGUCCCAGCGCGCCCGGGGCCAUCGUCUCCCGCGAGGCGGCCGGGGACCCCCGGACUCACGACAUGAGCUCCCCCGACGAGGGGUCUGUCUGGGGCGCGGGUUUCGGCCCAGAGGGCGGGGCGCGGGCCGGCGUCCGCCCCGCCGAGCCCGGAGCCCUGCGGGCAGUCGGUCUAGGCCCUGCUCUGGGGGCGCCGCGGAGCGGCGAGGGCGAGGGCGGCUUCCCCCAGCCCGGGGGCCGCCCCAGCUGCCCGGCCGACGGCAGGGACGCGGCGGCGGACUGCGCGUCCUACCCGGCGCCGCCGGCCGCGGCGAACGUCCUGCAGCCCCUGACCCGGCGGGGCGUCUGCAGAUACCGGUCCCCGGAGAGCUGCGCCGCCCGAGGCUCCACCGUGUGGGCGGGCCUCGAGCCAGGUGCCGGCGGCCCCGGCGCGCCUGCCCUUAGCUGGGUGGCGUCGCAGCCGGCUUCCGCCGCCCUGCUCCCGCUCCCUGGGCCCGAGGGCGGCCCGGCCUGGGGCAGCCCUAAAAGAGGCGGGAGGAGCAGGCUGGGCAGCCCUGCGAGUCGCGGGCGGCCCUCGGCGGGCGGCCCGGUCCGGCUGCCUUCCGACCCCGAGCCAUCAGACGAGGCCAGCGAGCUACAGCGGACGAGGAGAGCCUCGGCAGCUCCCCUGGACCCGGCCACGUUCCCGCCAGUCUCUGGCGUCCCGCUGCUUGUGAGGUGCAGGAGGGCCAAGCAGUCCAAGCAGCCCGGCACUGGGAAGAAAUCUGUGGCCGGGAGGACAAUGGAGUCUCAGCCGGUGGAGGUGGCGGGAGAAGAUAUUGACCCAAACAGCGACCCAGCCCCGCGGGGCCAACCUCCAGGACACAGACCAGGGCCAUGUAGUCGGUGCGUGCGUCGUCCAGAAGGCAGCAGUGGCCACCUCAACACCAGAGCCGCUCCCCAAGUUGCGGGAAACCCACAGUGCUUGGCCCGGAGCCAGGGAAAUACGGUGCCCAGGGGGCCUGCACCCUCCGGUGACCAGGAACCGCUUGACCGACCUCCAGGACGGCAAAGGCAGCAGCAACCACGUGGAGCACGGGGCUGUCCUCGGUGUCACGUGCUACAGAGAGAAAUAGGCGACCUGAAAGAGCACCUUGCGGCCGUCCUGUUCCUGGCUGACAAGUUCCAGAGCCUUUGAAGUUGAGCCCAGCACCUUCCCACAGGAGAAGCAGCUGGUGCCUUUGGAGCCCGGGACCUGUGGCCAAGCUGGUUCCCUCCUGUUCUCCCUCAGCCUGGGCUUCCUCUCCCCUUCUCUUGCCCCCUCCCCACCCCAGUUCAC